AUGUUAUCCAAAGUACUUUUCUUCACGGCUUCGCUGAUGGCAGCAAGUGCGCAGUAUCAUGGACAAAAUCAUGGUCACGGUACUUCUUCCCAAUCAAUCAUCCGCCAUGAUAUCUCCCACAACCAACACGGCUACAACCACGUCCAACCCAUCGCCGUCCACGCUGCUCCAGUCGCAUACCACCAACCCGCUGUUUCCGUUCACCACGCUGCUCCCAUUGUCCACUCUGCUCCUGUAGUUCAUCACGCUACUCCUAUCGCAUACCAUCAAGCCCCAGUCUACCAGAGCCAACACAGUGGCGCUCAUGAACUCCAGGACUACUACGCGCACCCUAAAUAUGAGUUCCAAUACAACGUUGAAGACCACCAUACUGGUGACAUCAAGUCUCAGCACGAAGCUCGUGAUGGUGACCACGUGACCGGUUCCUACAGUCUGCACCAGCCCGACGGUUCCGUUCGCACCGUCCACUACAACGCUGAUAAACAUAACGGAUUCAAUGCUCAAGUGGAAAACUCCGCUCCUUCAACGCAUGCCCAGCCAGGUCAUCACGCGCCUCAAUACGUUCUGUCUCACCAUUGA